AAAAAAAAAAAAAAAAAAAAAAAUAGAACAAAUUUCGAUUCGCAUCCAUCCAUGAAAAUUAGUAACGAUUUAUUUAGUCACUUUUUCAACAUCAAUCCGGCACGUCCUUCCAACGAUUUAUUAACUUGUUCCUCUUCUUGUUGUAACUGUUGUUGUUGUUAACACAGAUUAGUAUAAUCAAUAAAUCAUAUCAAAAUGGCUGCUGCAAAAGUCUAUUCCUAUGCUGAAUCAAUUGACGUGGCCAAGUCGGUGGGGCAAUAUAUCAUCAAACAUCAGAAUAUUGCCUUAGAAUCAAAUCCAACGUUUAAGAUUGCUUUAUCAGGAGGUUCAUUGGGUAAGGUUUUGAAAUCAGCCUUAAUUGAUAAUAAACAAGUGGCAUCUGAAGUUAAAUGGGAUAAAUGGGAAGUCUAUUUCAGUGAUGAAAGAUUAGUUCCAUUAACUCAUCCUGACUCCAAUUAUGGAUUAUUUAAUGAAUUAGUAUUAAACAAUUUACCAUCCUCAGUGGUUACUAAACCCAAAGUCAUCACCAUUAAUGAAAGUCUUAUCACAGGUAAAGAAGGACAAUUAGAUGGGAUAGAUAAACAAAAAGAUUUAGAAAUCGCAUUUCAAUAUCAAUCAAAGUUACCCGAAGAUGGUAAAUUUGAUGUAAUUUUAUUAGGUUGCGGUCCGGAUGGUCAUACAUGUUCAUUAUUUCCAGGUCAUCAACUCUUACAAGAAAGAUCAAAAUUGAUUGCUUAUAUAGAUGAUUCUCCUAAACAACCUCCUAGAAGAAUUACAUUCACAUUCCCUGUGUUAGAAUCAGCGACAGCUAUUGCCUUUGUUGCUGAAGGAAGUGGGAAAGCAUAUAUUUUAAAAGAAAUCUUUGGUAAUAAACAAAGUCAAUUACCAGCAAAAUUAGUUAAUGAUAUUUCUACCGGGGUUCAAGUGUCUUGGUUUGUAGAUGAUAAUGCUAUUGAAGGUGUCAAUGUCAUUGCUUCAAAGUAUUAACAUCUUACAUUUUCCAAUUGGACAUUUUUUUUAAAUAGGUUCUUAUAGAGAAAAAUUAAACAGUGAGAGUAAAACAAAC